UGAGCAACAACUAAAGAUCAUUCUCCAACGAUUUGAUAAGAGAUAAAAUCGUCACCAAAAGUCGAAAGCAGAAACUUGUAAUAGCCAACUCCGCCCAGUAUCCACCGAAACAUCAUUCCUCGCCUCCUCUCGGCGUAGUCACUAGAAUCAAGGACACCAACAAUGAUAGACGUCGAAGUAGUGGUGGACAACUUCAUCGCAGGAACAUUCCUGCCCUGUAAGAGGACAUUGGAUUCCUUCGACCCUGCCACGGGGAAAAUCUGGGCCAAAAUUCCUGACUCUUCCAAGCUUGAAGUGGACGCAGCCGUAGCUGCAGCCAAACGAGCAUUUCCAGGAUGGUCCAAGCUAUCAUACCAGCAACGCGCAAAGCAUUUGCUGAAAGUGGCCGACCUCCUCGAGUCUCGUCUCGAGGAUUUCGCAGUCGCCGAGUCACGUGAUCAGGGAAAGCCCGUGUGGUUAGCCAGGACUAUGGACAUCCCAAGGGCUGUUCUCAACCUGAGGCACUUCGCCCACGCGAUUCCGCACCAUCUCAAUACAUCGAGCGUACAACCUGAAGCCGGGGUAGUGAACUAUACCACAAGGGAGCCCGCAGGCGUAGCAGGCCUCAUCAGUCCGUGGAACCUUCCUCUCUAUCUCCUAACUUUCAAACUUGCUCCCGCCCUCAUCUGUGGCAACACUGUUGUUGCUAAGCCAUCUGAGCUGACGUCAGUCACUGCCCAUAUGUUCUGCAAGGUUCUACAGGAUGCCGAUUUCCCUGCUGGCGUCGUCAACAUGGUUUAUGGACUGGGCAGCGCCACCGGGGAGGCUCUCGUCACCCACCCCGACGUCCCCAUCAUCUCCUUCACCGGAUCAACCGCCACCGGCGGACGGAUUGCCCAGGCAACGGCGCCCAUGUUCAAGAAACUUUCCCUGGAGAUGGGCGGAAAGAACGCAGCUGUAGUCUUCGGCGACUGCGACCUGGAAGCUUGCGUAGCGACCCUCAAAAGGGCUUCUUUCAUUAAUCAGGGACAGGUAUGUCUUUGCACUUCGAGGAUCUACGUCCAACGUCCAAUAUACGAAGACUUUCUGCACUUGUUUGUGGAUGCAGCAAAGGAGAUCAAAGUGGGCCCUCCGACUGGCGAGGAUGUGUUCAUGGGCCCACUUAACUCCAAGGCCCAUCUUGAGAAGGUCCAGCGAUACGUCCAUUACGGAGUAGAAGACGGAGGCACCAUUGCCUGCGGCGAAGGCGUGGAUCUCUUGCAUCUUACCGAGGAUUACAAGGGCGGCUAUUACAUGCGUCCCACAGUGAUCACAGGACUGUCCGACGACUCCCGUUGCAUGCAGGACGAAAUCUUCGGCCCCGUGACGUGCGUCGUUCCCUUCGAUAAGGAGGAAGAGGUCGUUGAAAGGGCAAACAAUACCAGCUACGGCCUCUGCGCCUCUGUUUGGACUUCGAAUGUUGGAGUGGCACACAGGGUUGCACACAGUCUCAAGGUUGGCACAGUCUGGACAAACUGCUGGUUGGUGCGAGAUCUCGACAUGCCCUUCGGAGGGGUCAAGAACAGCGGACUCGGGCGUGAGAGUACCCAGGACUCACUCGAGUUCUACACAGAGGCCAAGACAAUCUGCACCAAAAUCGUCUAAAUGAAAGGAGGACAAUCUUGCUUAUGACUUCAUGGCUGUGUUACAUACUCAAGGAGGCCUUUUCUUAAGUAGUCCCCCUGUUAGUAGGCGAUCUCUUGGCAGGUGCCUUUGAAUAAAUGGGCUUACAAUGAACUGGGGAUCUGUUAACGAAUGUCCCCUACAUAAUAGGGAGGGUCUCCUAUCAAUGGGCGUUCUUCUAUAAAUAGGUAAUCUCCAACUCGUCCCCUACAACUGUCUUGUCUUCUCGUAUAAGGUGCUUAAACUUGGUCAGCGAUGAUUUCUUAUCAGGCGUCUAUACAAAACACUGUACUAUUACAUAUUCAGAUAGAUAACAAUGACAUCUCCUUAAGGUGCCACAAUGACACUGGGUUAUUCUAAAGACGGAGAACUUAACCAGCUUCUAGCCUGGGUACUGUAUAUAUAUGUGUGAUUAUUCAUCAUCAAAUGUUUUCCGGUGUAGGGAUCAAGGACUGUAGUCAUGAGAUGUUUGCGUUCCUUCACGGUGGGAACAUAAUUCAGGGUGUAUGGACAUUGUGGUAUAUUGUUAUAUAUGUCUUAAUCCAAAUGGAGAGGUAAAUAUAUAUUCUUACUAAUAA